AUGUUAGACAUUAACUCAUUUUUAACCGAAAAAGGUGGUAACCCUGAAGCUAUCAAGAAGUCCCAAAAGAAAAGAGGAGAUUCUGAAGAAAUCGUUGAUGAAAUCAUCGCCGAAUACAAAAAAUGGACUCAAAUCAGAUACGAUUUAGAUGAACUCAACAAGAAAAUCAACAAAUUGCAAAAAGAUAUCGGAUUAAAAUUCAAAGCCAAAGAAGAUGCUAAGGACUUAUUAGCUGAAAAGGAUGAUUUAUUAGAACAAAAGAAAGCUUUGAUCGAAGAUGAAGCCAAAGCUGACAAACAAUUGAAGUACAAAGUCAAUCAAGUUGGUAAUAUUGUUCAUGAAUCAGUAGUUGACUCCCAAAAUGAAGAUAACAACGAAAUGGUUAGAACCUGGAAACCUGAAGAUUUAGAAGAUGUUGGUGCCACUGCCAGUUGUACUGGAUCCCCAGCCGCUUUAUCUCAUCACGAAGUAUUAUUAAGAUUAGAUGGUUAUGAUCCUGAAAGAGGGGUUAAGAUUGUUGGUCAUAGAGGUUACUUCUUAAGACAAUAUGGGGUUUUCUUAAAUCAAGCAUUAAUUAAUUAUGGUUUAUCUUUCUUAGCUAAGAAUGGUUAUACUCCAUUACAAGCCCCAGUUAUGAUGAAUAAAGAAGUCAUGGCUAAGACUGCUCAAUUAUCCCAAUUCGAUGAAGAAUUAUAUAAAGUUAUUGAUGGAGAAGAUGAAAAAUAUUUAAUUGCCACAUCUGAACAACCUAUUAGUGCCUUACAUGCUAAUGAAUGGUUUGAAAAACCUUCUGAACAAUUACCUGUUAGAUAUGCUGGAUAUUCAUCAUGUUUUAGAAGAGAAGCUGGUAGUCAUGGUAAAGAUGCUUGGGGGAUUUUUAGAGUCCAUCAAUUUGAAAAAAUUGAACAAUUCGUUUUAACUGAACCAGAAAAUUCUUGGAAAGAAUUUGAUAGAAUGAUUGGUUUAAGUGAAGAAUUUUACCAAAGUUUAGGUUUACCUUAUAGAGUUGUUGGUAUUGUUUCUGGUGAAUUAAACAAUGCUGCUGCUAAGAAAUAUGAUUUAGAAGCUUGGUUCCCAUUCCAAAAAGAAUAUAAGGAAUUAGUUUCAUGUUCUAACUGUACUGAUUAUCAAUCAAGAAACUUGGAAAUCAGAUGUGGUAUUAAACAACAAAACCAAUUAGAAAAGAAAUACGUUCAUUGUUUGAAUUCUACUUUAUCAGCAACUGAAAGAACUUUAUGUUGUAUUUUGGAAAAUUACCAAACUGAAGAUGGGUUAAAGAUUCCUGAAGUGUUAAGAAAGUAUAUUCCUGGAGAACCUGAAUUCAUUCCUUUUGUUAAGGAAUUACCAAAGAAUUCAACUUCAAACAAGAAGAAGAAAUAG